AGAGCCGUUGGAAGGACUACCCGGAGCAACAGCGGUAUCAUGGCAGUUGAAAAGGAGUCGGCGCCGGAUCCCGCCGCUGUCUCUCCCCCGGGCAGCCCUCACAUGGGCCGGCCUCUCUCCGUUUCUUUCUCCGAGAGCGUCCAGCCGGCCGUCGGGAUGAUGAGCCAACUGCUGUCCCAGCCGUCCUCCCUGAAGUUUGACAAAAACAUCAAGCAGGCCUUCUACAACACCGGGGCGAUGAUCUUCGUGGCUAUCUGCUGCGGGGCCGCUGUCCUGGUGUACUUCAUCCUGGAGGCCUUCCUCCGCCCGCUGCUCUGGGCGGUGCUCUGCGGCACCUUUCUCCACCCUUUCAAGUACUCCCUGGCUCGGCUCGGCCGCUCCUGGCUCACCGGCCUGCAGGACACCGGGACACCCAUCGUAGUGGGGACCAUGCUGGUCCCGGUGUGGUGCGUCAACUACGGGGUGGAGGAAAUGGGCAAGCUGGUGCUAAAGAGGCUGACGGUGCUGCUGGUGAUCGGGGCGGGGGCGCCGCUGGCUUACUUCCUCUACCUCUUUUGGAGUGUCAUCGGCAUGCAGGUGAUCCUCGGACAUGUCUGCUGGGUCAUCGGCUUGCUGCUGGACUGCUUCCACGUUGUGUGGGUGUGCAGUGUCGUGUUUGGCUACUUGCUGGUUGUCUCUCUCAAGUGGAGUCCCCAGACUGAGUGCUACCUGAGGGCUCUGGCGCUUCCCGUCUGGGCUGUUCUGCUCUUCUACAUCGUUUCUCUGACCGGGUCAUGGAGGGUGCCAAUAUUUAUGGUGAUGGUGGCACUCCUCAUUGUGGGCUCCCUGGAGAAACCCCCUGCCCCAGGAAAAGGCGAGCUGCCGGGACAGAUGCUCUCACUGGCUGCCAACACGAUUUUCAUGGCCAUUUCCUGCAGCAACCUGCAGCCAAAAGCAGAGCCCAGUGAGGCUUCCAGCACAGGUCCCGUACCCCCCACGCCGGGCUUCCCUGGCCCCCUAAAGACCAACCUCCAGCUGAAAGAGAAAAGCAGUCGGAAAUCCAGCGACAUCUACUUCAUCUUGCUGGUCUGGGCCAUCGUGCUGGUCCAGAUGUGGCUCAACUUCUGGAUCCUCCAGCUGCUGCCCAUCCCUGUGGCUGUUUGGGUGUUGAAGAAGCUGAUGGUCCACUUUGGUGUGAAGAGCUUCGCAGAGCGGACUCUGAGCUUGUGGUGGACCGUGUUGGAGAAGUUCGUACUGGAACGCGAAGAGGCUUUGUUGCCUGGACCAAUCAAAGGUCUUGCUCAGUUCCUGCUGCGCAUUGACACCAAGCUCUGGCAUUGGCUUAACAAGCAGAUGAUAGUGUGGUUGGAGCGAUCGCUGGACAAAAUCAUCAGCAUCUUCAUUAUCUUCCUCCUGGUCACAGGGACUCUGCUCAUGGGUCUUCUGCUCACUGCUAUGGUUCAUCACGAAAGCACUCACAUCAUUAAAGUUACCAGUAACCUCAUCAACGAGACUCUUUCCAACCAUCCAGAAUGGGCAAAUUUGCUUCCAGAAGCUCGUGUUGUGCAGAAAGCUCUGAAUUCAGCUGCUACUAAUGUUUAUCAGCAUGGGAGAGAAUGGAUAACACAGAAGCUUCAAAAGAUGUUGGGGGAUAAGGUGAACAACACAGCGAUGAUCGAGAAGCAGGUGCUGGAGCUUUGGGACCGGCUUUACCAUUCCUGGUUCGUGAAGAAUGUGACCCACAGCGGGCGGAACCGCGUGCAGAAGAACAUGACUCACAGACAGAACAGCUGGCACGGGGACAUCCUGGACUGGAAGGACAUCGCCUCUUUUGUGCAGGAGAACAUCGAGACUCUGCUGUCUAUCCUGGAGUCUCUGUGGGUGGUGAUGAGCAGGAACGUCGGCCUCCUCUUCUCCACCACCACCACCCUCUUCACCGUGUUGUUCCACAGCGGCACGGCGCUGCUCAACUUUGCGCUGAGUCUGGUGAUUUUCCUCACCACUCUGUUCUACCUGCUGAGCUCCAGCGGCGAAUACUACAAACCCGUCAAAUGGGUCAUCAACCUGACGCCGCUAUCGCAGCCCGGACCCUCCUCCAACAUCAUCGGCCAGUCUGUGGAGGAGGCUAUCAGAGGGGUGUUUGAUGCCUCCUUCAAAAUGGCGGGCUUCUACGGCCUCUACACCUGGCUCACUCACACCAUCUUUGGCAUCAACAUCGUCUUCAUUCCGUCCGCUCUGGCUGCCAUCUUGGGCGCCGUGCCUUUCCUGGGGACAUACUGGGCGGCGGUGCCGGCCGUGUGCGACCUGUGGCUGGCUCAAGGCGAAAGCGUCAAGGCCGCCCUGCUGCUCAUCUGCCAUCUGCUCCCGACGUAUUUCGUGGACACGGCCAUCUAUUCGGAUAUAUCGGGGGGCGGCCAUCCGUACCUCACAGGCCUGGCGGUCGCAGGUGGAGCGUACUAUCUUGGCCUGGAGGGGGCGAUAAUUGGCCCCAUUCUCCUCUGCGUCCUGGUGGUGGCAGCAAACAUCUACAGCGCCAUGCUGAUGAGUCCCAGCUCUGCACUCCCCACACCAGUCCAGCCAAACUGGCCCACACACCCCAUGAGGACGUUUGCAGAGUCCACUCCCUCCGUGCUGAAGACGACCUCUGACUCAAAGUGAGGGCAUGUAUCCCUGCAGAAUGUCACACGGGUCAGGGACUCGCUUCCCGCCUGGCUGGCUCCAGAAGCUCGACCCGCACCAAGAAGAGGAGGAGACGCUGCGAUUGCCGGCGCUGUCCGCGUCCCAGAGCCAGCAGACAUCCCUGAUCCCAAACCCGGAGCAACGCCAACACUCUGCGUUUCCGAUGAGAAGCUGAUUUCCAUCAUCUUUCAGAACUCUGUGCCUAAUUCAUAUUGUAAUAUUGAACAAAAAAUGCCUAAAACGCUUCGGUGGUUCCUUUUAAGAUGAUAUAUUUUGUCUCCAAAGCCCCAGGUGGCUUUGUUUUGCUGCUGUGGCUGCGCAGCGUUUGAACUCCCUACCUCAGGGAGUCUGAAGGUCCAACCAGGACCAAGAAAAUGAGCUUUGAUGGUUUAUUUCUUUCUUAAUUUAACGAGCUACUUAAGUUUCAGAGAUUCUAGCUGUAAUUUAUUGAUAGCAGAGCCAUAACCGGACCCGGCUCAGUCUGCCGCUUUUAAUUUCAUCAACUCCAGUGACUAGAUGUCCUAUUUUCAGACACUGUACGUCAGAGGAAUGUAGUUUUUUACACUUUUUAUUUAUUUAUCUGAAGCUUAAUAUUUUCAGCACAUGCAUGACCAAGCUUUAAUCCUAAACCUGAGGCACAGCCACCUCUUUCUCCACCACUUCCACACACACCGUUAGGUUUUGGCAACUCUUGUCACGUUUUGCAUUUCAGACACUUUACUGAGAAUUUCAGCACUUUUUUUAAAAAUAAAGUUGUUUACAUCACUAGAGGCUUCAAUAAGCAGGCACUACAGAUGUGUUUGUACAGAGAGGAUAAACACUAAUCAUUCAGCUACUGUGUUAGCUAUGUGAGGGAGGGGAGGAGUUGGACUAAAACUAACGGGCACAGAGAUGAACUCAAAUACUGUAUUGGUUUCUUUGCUACAGUUGCUGUGUUUUUUAUUAAUAAAAUGCACUGAAUAAGCAGAAUUUAAA